AUGGCCCCUUUCAGAACAUUCGAAGGCAAACUUGCCAUAGUUACCGGCGCAAGUAGGAGUUUUGGAGCCGUCUGCGUAGAGCACUUCGCUAGUCGGGGUGCAAAUGUAGUCAUUGUCUAUGCCACUGAUGAUUCGACACCAAAAGCGCAGGCCUUGGCCAAGUCUUUCGAAGAGAAGUACAGCGUAAAGGCGCUGCCAGUGAAAGCAGACCUCAGUAAGCCAGAAGCUCCUCAGCAUGUAGUCGACAGUGCGAAGGCGCAUUUCAGCGAUGCAUCCGGCCGAUUCCAGAUCGAUAUCAUUGUCAACAACGCUGCGACAGUCAACGCGCAAGGCAUCGACCAGUUGGAUCUGGAUAUGUUCGACGCGACGUUCAAUCUCAAUUGCAAGGCACCAGCUCUGCUUGUCAAAGCUGCAUUCCCUUAUCUGCCAACGGAUCGCUCUGGUCGCAUCGUAAACAUCUCCAGCGCAACGACGACUUGGGGAGUUUGGUGGCAGACAUCGUAUGCAGGGACCAAAGGAGCUUUGGAGGCCAUGACUCGCGUAUGGGCCCGGGAACUUGCGGAGCGCUGCACCGUCAAUGCGGUCGCACCUGGACCUAUGGAUACUGGUCUAUAUUCAGGGCUGCCCGAUGAACCUCGCGAGGCGCUGAGGCCGCUCAACAUUCUGACACCAUUGGCAAAGGCAAGGCCUGGAGUUGAUAGCCCUGAGGUUCUCGAGCUGGCUAAAAGCAUCGGUGGGAGACCAGGAUAUCUGGAGGAGGUGGCGGGUAUCGUAGGGAUCGCGUGUCUACCAGAGAGUGGCUGGAUGACCGGAAACGUUCUUGGAGCCAACGGUGGAGGUGCUUUUGUACGAUGA